AUGGAGUUUUCCAUCUCGAACGACUCGUGUCGCGUGUGUUUGCGUAAAACUGUGAAUGGGAAGUUACUUGCGGGGACGACAAUCGCCAGAAACCGUACACUCGAUGAGCUGUUCCGUGCGUGCACCGGCUUUGGGCUUCCGGCGCCGGAUCGGUUGCCACCACAGGCCAGCGGAUUCUAUCCGCUCCGGAUUUGCCCGGCCUGUGAGCAGCUACUGCUAGCUGCUUACGAGUUUCGCAUCAAAAGUAUAAAAUCGCAAAAGGUGCUGCAGAACAUUUUGUUGUUCUACGAUGAAGACAAUGAAGAGGUAGAUGCCCCGCAACAGGAACUUGGGUACAAGCGGUGCCUUAUAGAGGCUGAGCGGUCACACCCGAGGAAGAUUGGACCAGAAUCGGUAAAGAACAUCAUCGAAGAGCAAGAGGAGGACAUGGUUUGGAUGGUUGAUGAUAGAGGAGCAUUAUCGCAGGAGGCAACACAAUUGGAUGAUGUUCUGAUUCCUGAUGUGCCUACUACCAUGCAUACCGCCAACACUGAGACGAGGCAAGUUCCGGAUACAGGCGGACCGAAUGCGGAGACUGAGAAAGGUUUUAACAACAUUGCGGACUAUUUUACGAGUGAGCACGCUACGGAAGAUUUAGGAGAAUAUGCUCAUGGAGAAGAUGAUCGAGAUAAUGAGGCUGAUAACGACAAUGACGUGGAGGAGGAGGUAGAGCAGGAAAAUCCACACAAUGAUGCAUCGUCUGAUGAGGAGGAGAAAGCCGGAAGCGAAUACAGCGAGACGGCCAACCACGAUGACGCUCAGGAUACAAAAGCAGACAAAUCGAACCCGUUCGUGUGCGCACUUUGUGGGGCGCGAUUCACAUUGUCGGAGAACUUGACCAAACACAGACGGAUCCACGACGAUGAUCGACGGUACGAGUGCGAUCAUUGUGGAGAACGAUUCCUGCACUGGACCGCCCGACGCUAUCACAUCGCACGGGUGCACACCAAGGAGAAGCGGUACGCGUGCGAGCACUGCGGCAAACGCUUUCGCCAAUCGUCGCACUACACUAUCCACGUACGGGGCCACACAGGCCAUCUGCCGUACGUUUGUGAGCAGUGUAACCGCGGUUUCAAGACGUCCGGAUCUCUGAAGUUGCACCAGAAAGCGCACACGGAUCGGAAAGAGUACCGGUGCGAGCAGUGCCAUAAGCAGUACAAAACGCUCAAAUCCUUGUCCAUCCACCAGAAAACGCAUCGCAACCAGAGGGACUACGUGUGCCAGGUGUGCCAGCGAGCGUUCACGCAGAACCAUGCACUACGGAAACACCACUUGAAAAAGCAUCCCGAGUACGAGCUGCCUCCGUCCGGUACCGUCGUGAGUGCAACGGCCAUCAAGCGGCUGGAAAGGGAAAACGGUCAACAACCCGGCGGUGAAUGUGAUUUUGAAAUUUAGAACAAGCAGGGUUGCCUGCUUCAAAACAUCAAAACAAUGUUGCUGCAUGGGUCAAUUGAAACCUCGUGUUCGUUCGCUCGUGUGUUCUCGUACCCGGUUCCCGGUGAAAUCUGCUUAAAUUUACAGGAUUUUCUAGUG